UUCAGGAGAAAAACCAAAGACAAAACAUAUGGUCUUCUUCUCUAGUCUUAUCUGCAGGCUUAAUGGUACCACCACUAAGGCAACAACGCAUUACUUCACCGUCUUUCACAUUCGGAAUCAUUAUACUACUCCGGCCAUUGACGAAUCUUCCGUCCCUAUCUCGACUAUAUCACCUCAAGACCGUAACAAGUUCUUAGCUAACCUCUUAUCAAACAGCAACAGCCUCGCUCGUGUCCGCCGCAUCCAUGGCGACAUCUUCCGUUCACGCAUCCUCGAUCAAGACCCGAUCCCUUUCUUACGCAACAACAUCAUGCGAGCCUACCUUCGCCACGACUCCCCUCUCGACGCGAUCCAAGCGUACAUCGACAUGGUGAGAUCGGACGUCCUACCCGAUCGGUACACUCUCCCGAUCCUAACCAAAUCCGCCGCUCAGAUCCGCGAUCUCAAAUUAGGGAAGCAGCUUCACUCCGUCGCGGCGAAGCUAGGGUUCGCGCGCGACGAGUUCUGCGAGAGCGGGUUCGUCACGCUCUACUGCAAAGCGGGGAAGUUCAGGGACGCGCGCAAGGUGUUCGACGAAAAUCCCGAGAGAAAGCUGGGGUCUUGGAACGCGAUCAUCGGAGGGUUGAACCAGGGGGCACGUGGCAAGGAGGCCGUGGAGAUGUUCGUUGAGAUGAGACGAAGCGGGUUUGAGCCGGAUGAUUUCACUAUGGUGAGCGUGACGUCUGCUUGCGGCGGAUUAGGUGACUUGGGGUUGGCCUUUCAGCUGCAUAGAUGCGUUCUUGAAGCUAAAACCGAUGAGAAGUCUGAUGUCAUGAUGAUGAAUUCGCUUAUUGACAUGUACGGGAAGUGCGGGCGUAUGGAUUUAGCGUGCCGGGUGUUCGAGGAGAUGCCUGAGAGAAACGUUGUCUCGUGGACGUCUAUGAUCAUGAGUUACGCGGCUCACGGGAGGACGUUAGAGGCGUUGGAAGGGUUUCGUGAGAUGAGGGAGGCGGGUGUUAGACCAAACGGUGUCACGUUCCUUGGUGUUCUAAGUGCUUGCGUCCAUGGAGGGCUUGUGGAAGAAGGGAGAGGCUAUUUCGAAAUGAUGAAGUCUGAGUUCGGUUUGGAACCGGGUUUGUCUCACUACGGAUGUGUAGUUGAUCUGCUGAGCCGGGACGGGCGGCUUGAGGAGGCUAAGACGGUGGUGGAAGGGAUGCCGAUGAGGCCUAGCGUGGUGGUUUGGGGUUGUUUGAUGGGUGGAUGUGAGAAGUUUGGGGAUGUUGAGAUGGCUGAGUGGGUGGCUAAGCACAUGGUUGAGCUUGAGCCGUGGAACGAUGGGGUUUAUGUGGUUUUGGCUAAUGUGUAUGCGUUCAGAGGGAUGUGGAAAGAUGUUGAGAGAGUUAGGAAGAUGAUGAAGGAGAAUAAGCUUGUCAAGGUUCCUGCUUAUAGCUCCACCACGACGCUCUAAUAAUAAUAAUCACAUGCUUACCUAUUAAGUGUGUCUCUUUUCAAACCUGAUCUACUUUUGUUCUUUAUCAUUGGGGGUUUACAUCUUUGUCUCUCUCUACUUACAUUCAGUGAGAUAGUUGCUAGUACAAUAACAUCACUAUCAUCAACAUAAUUAACCAAAUGUGGCUUCUUAAA